GUCAAACAGUUAAUUUCAAAAGGAAUCCAGCUGCCAUUUUAGAGGGGUGCUUAACCUGUGAUUUCUCUCCUAUUUAUUUGCUAGGCACAUUAUUUAUCGAACUUUGAUAUAAAAAAAGAUAAUUGUAUUAAGAAUAUCAACAAAUGAAUGAAACUCAUCACAUUGAUAAUUUAAUAGACCUUAGCAGUGAUUAUGGCGUUAUGGAGGGGCAGUUGGUCCUCCCAACACAUCAAUCGCAAACAAGUCCAAACGACGGCCAAUCAGUUAUGGAAUGCACAAUGCCCAACUGCCUCAUAGUGGCUACGGGAGAAGGACGUGAAAGUCUUGAUAACAACCCAUUUGACUGCGCUCAAAAAUUAGCAAGCCGUUCAGAUGAUCCGUUUGAUAUGAUAGAAAAGGAAGCAUGUGUUAAGGCACGAUAUUCUAUGCAACCUACACAUGAAGUAAAAGUCGGUAAACUUUUAUCACUGAGCGAUAAUAACAUAAUAGAUGAUGUAGGUAAUUGUGAGUUCGAUGAGAACACAUCCUUUCAGGAAAACAUUAGCAAACCUACCACUGACUCGCCGACCGUUAACAUUAGUUCGACAAUGUAUCAUACAGCCCUAGUAAAUGACUUAGAUAGCGAGAGUCCACCAAUUUCAAUGUCUAAGAAAUCUACACCAGACACUUGCAGCUCUGCGUUUGAAAGCGACGAAAGUUCCGCCAAUAGUGCCGAUGGUUGUUCUGCGAAAAUCCAAAAAGCGUUGGAACAUCGUAAACGUUUGCUUAAAUUGAGUAUAGCUAAUUCAACAUUUAAUUCGCCAUUGAGUUGUCGAACACGACAAGGACACAGCGGAUUUUCGACAGUUUUCUCGGCUGCCGCACAUUUUAGCGAUUAUAUCCUUUCCACGGAAUCUCCAUUGAAAUUGGUAGAUGAUGACCUUGUUAACGAUCAGCCGGCAAAAAUUCCAAACUCUGAAAAUGAUUUCGAAGCCGAUUUGAAAAUGCUUAGUAUACCGAUGUUAAGGAAAUUGCCCUCACCAGUACCCGAAGAAACGUCUUUAACGACAAACGAAGCCAACGAAAUACUGCCUACCCCUCAAAUUGUGACACCGUCUGAUUUGUCGGCGAUUCGUGAAAAAUUGCAAGCAAAACGGAUGGCAGCUUGUAAUGGCCAAGAUGUUGUGUCGUUAAUCGAUAAUUUAAAGUCACUGCUAUGUGAAAGUGAUAUUGUAGAUGAAAAUAAAAAGGAACAGGCAAAUUGUUUGUUAAAAAAACUUAGUACAGCUUUAAACACUGAAAAGACGGAGGAUAAUAAUAGCGGCGAGCAAGAGAAUAGCUAUGCUAAUGCCGGAUUGUUAACACAAGUGCCGCAAUCAAUCGUGCGACAGGGCACUUUUGACAAGGAUCUACAGUCUCCCGGAAAAGAUAAGGGUGAGCAUACUGAUAUGAUUCCGACAAUGUCUGACGAUACAUCACGCACCACACAUUCUUUACAAUCAACACAAUCACCGUCCCCACCUAAAGAAAUAGCUGAUGUUAUGGUAAAGUCUUCGGCCACAUAUGAUGGGGAGCCUGUGGCGGAAAGAGAAAAUCUCCUGUUGCCACAUGUGGAUAAUAUUUCGCCGAUAAAACCGCCGAAUUUCAAGCACAUGAUAUCGAGUGAAGCAAUCUCUCAACCUGACGUAAAUGAUAUCAUCGAACAAAUAGGCAAACUUCUCGAACAACACCAAAUCGCAACACUAACAAACAAUGGAGAUGACUCGAGUAGAAGUAAUUCAUCAGCAAACAAUGCGCAACAGCAAUCGGCAAUGUGUAAUCCUACAUUUAUUGUGGUUAUGCAAACAAACUCUAUUCAGCCUAAUCAUGAAAACGUAAAUAGCUCUAUAUGUGCUGAUGCUUUUGAAGAUAUGACUAGUAAUUUGGCAAUGCGAAGGCGUUCACAAUCUUUGUCUUUACAUGACAAGGUCAAGAUUGUUCAACUACCAGUACGGUCACAUAUAACUCCUGCAGCACCUGAAACUACCAUCUCGCCAAAUAUUGAAUGUGUGCCUCGAGUUGGCACUACUUCGGAUGUAAAGACUCCAAUGCGUCCAACUAUGCGGAGAAACUCCUUUUGUAGUGCUACGCCACUGACACCACUGACUUCAUUGAAUCGCGGAGCCAGUAUGGUAAAUACUAGACGCCCUCAGAAUUUACAAGUUCAAUCACGUUACUCACUCGGCCCCUCCAGGAUGCAAGACCGUGAAACUCAGCAGCAAGCAGUGGUUCGUCCUAUUCAACGCACCAGUCUGAACGCUUUUAAACCUGAUUUGAAAAAAAGACUCAAGCAGCAAACGACGAAAACAUCUGUAAUGGCAUCAAGUGAACCACUGAAAGCUGUAAUACCCAUCAAGAAAGUAGCACCAAUGCUUACAACUACUAUAGCUACACCCGAAGGUCCUGUAGCGGCGAAUUCAAGAUUAAUAUCUCACAAGGUCAACAUGGAGACAUCAAUGCAUUUGCUUACAAAAUCUGGUAAAAUAGCCACUACUAGUACACCAAUGCCGUCAUCUAGGGGUGGUGAUAAAAUAUGUGAAUUUCCAAGUGCCUGUUCUACUCCUGCAAGCGGAGCGGUUAAAUCGAGUGGCACAAUAACAAGAAAUAAUCCACGCUUUUCAAUUUCCACGCCUACUUCCAAAUUACAACAUACAUCUACAACCUCUUCUGUGCUUAAAAAACGUCCAAUACCAGAAUUAACAAAGUCCAAAUCUCCGGGGCGCGCGCGCUGUAGUUUGGGGGGAAUGUUAACAUCAACAGCCAGGGAUAGGCAUCCAAUAAAGCAAUCGAAUGCUGCAAAACAGACAACUUCACGAAUGAGCAUGCGGUUGGUCAAGCGAUCGUCUCCCUGUACGAUAUCGACAGCUACAAAUAAGGAAAAUAAAAAACCCCAAACCUAAAUUUUUAGGUAUUGUAA